AUGCAGGACCUGAAGCAACGUCGAUGUGAUCUCAUAGCGUUGGAGCUAGUUGCGAGCUUGACGCAAGGGUUAGCCACCCGGGAGUUCGUCACUUCGGUUGCGCUGGCACUCAAGGUUUCACUUGCGGAGGAAUUACGCGAUGACGAGGAAAAUAUGUGUGCCAUCAUGCUUGACGGCGAAGCACUGCACAAAAACGGUCCUGUGGCCCUUCGUUCUGCGAUUACGCUCGUGGUUCGGUUGGCUUCAGCCUGCAACCAAGUUGCAGCGGGCCUUGCCAUCAAAGACGUCGAUAUACUGAGUCGGAGCCCUGUUGGCGGUGGAGGAUCUUCAGACAUUUACUACGGGAAAUAUCAGGACACUGCCGUUGCUAUAAAACGACUGAGGUUUCGCGGGAAUUUGCCCACUAAUUUUAAGAUGAUUUAUCGCGAGGCUCUCCUGUGGCGCAGCGCGCGCCACUCGCAUGUCCUACCUUUCCUGGGUAUUGCCGACAUCGCCGACUUUGAGCCAGACGUGUGCAUGGUGUCGCCAUGGACGUGCGACACAAUCAACACCUUUCUUCGAGAUUACCCUGCAGAUCCGCUCCGCUAUAUUUAUGCUAUCGCAACGGGCGUCGCGUACCUCCACCAUCUCGGCAUUGUCCACGGCGAUCUUUGUGGGGAGCAGACGAAUAUACUGGUGGACUGGAAUGGGCAAGUCCGGAUAGCAGACUUCGGUCUCGCGGUGCUUGCACAGUUCGGCGAGGUGGCGAGCCGUGGGGGCUCUAGGCGAUGGAUGGCGCCGGAGCUGCUGUCCUGGUCGCGAUCGUCCCCAAGGUCAACGGCGAGUGACGUCUAUUCGUUCGGGUGUACUUGUCUCGAACUUUAUUCUGGACAGCGUCCAUUCAACGGGGUUCUACGGGAUGAGCUUGUCGGUACCAUGGUUCUCAAACAAAAGAGGCCGGACUUCUCGACCUGCCCCGCCGGGAAGGUUCCAAGCCCCGAAGUGCAGAGAAUCAUCACCGACUGCUGGGCGCACAAUGCCUCCCAUCGACCACAUAUGAGCGAGGUCGUCGAAAGAUUGGGCCCGUUGAAUAAUAUACAUAUAAGCCGUUAA